AUUCGUCAUUUCCUUAGAUGUCUCCAUCAGUCUACCAACCUUGUGAUUUUACACCUCUCAGCUUUUGGAAAUUUCCCCUUUAUUAUGCAGUUAAGCAUAUAUUUGUAGCUAGAAUUUUAUUAAUCUAUAGUGAAUGUAAAAAUUCUGAUCUCAUAGUGUUUGUAUUAGAAGGACAAAUUUUGUUCUGAGAACCACUCUUGUUAUUUUUUUGAUGAUUUGAAACAUUUUUCUUUAAGAUGUGGUUUUAUUAAAUGUGAUAAAUUCUUAGCAAAUCAUUCUCCUCCCCUCAGUUUCUUAAGAUAUUAAGUGGGAGUCUCUGGCUGGAAUAACUAGUUCUCUUUUUACUUAUACAGAUAUUUGAGGCGGUUAAUUUUCAAAUGCCAUACGUGAAUAUGCUAAAUUGUAAGCCCUAAUGUACAACUCAGAGUGUUUACUGCGAUGGAGAGACGAUGGAGAUUUUUAGCUAGGUCUAAGAGCAUGGUCAUGGGAGAGCUCUCCCGCGGCUCCAGCAGGCCAUCGUCCCCCAGUCUCCAAGACAGGGCAUUGAAAGCAGGCUGGCUUAAGAAACAGCGCAACAUCAUGAAGAACUGGCAGCUGCGCUGGUUCGUGCUUCGAACUGACCACCUCUAUUUCUACAAAGAUGAGGAGGAAACUAAACCACAGGGAUGUAUCCCAUUGCAGGGUAGUCAAGUCAACGAGCUGACAGCCAAUCCUGAUGAACCUGGGCGGCAUCUUUUUGAAAUAGUUCCAGGCUGUACAGGAGAGAAGGACAGAUCGGCUCUCAGCCAUGAGGCUUUCCUGCUCAUGGCAAACUCCCAGAAUGACAUGGAGGAUUGGGUCAAAGCCAUUAGACGUGUCAUCUGGGCUCCCUUUGGAGGAGGUAUCUUUGGCCAGCACCUGGAGGACACAGUACAGUCUGAGAGAAAGUUUGGCCCCCGACUGGCCCCUCUGCUGGUGGAGCAGUGUGUGGAUUUCAUACGGGAGCAGGGUCUGAAAGAGGAAGGUCUCUUUAGGAUGCCAGGACAGGCCAACCUGGUCAAAGAACUCCAGGAUGCUUUUGACUGUGGGGAUAAGCCUCUGUUUGACAGUAACACUGACGUUCACACAGUGGCGUCCCUCCUGAAGCUCUACCUCAGGGAGCUGCCCGAGCCUGUGAUCCCCUUUAACAAAUAUGAGGACUUUCUAACCUGUGCACAGCUUCUGCUAAAAGAUGAAGAAGUGGGUCUCAGUGAGCUUGUGAACCAGGUGAACACUCUUCCUCAGGCUAAUUAUAACUUGUUAAAGUACAUUUGCAAAUUCUUAGAUGAGGUGCAAUCACAUUCGAAUGAGAACAAGAUGAGUGUUCAGAACCUUGCAACAGUUUUUGGACCAAAUAUCCUUCGGCCUAAAGUAGAGGACCCUGUUUCAAUGAUGGAAGGAACCUCCCAGGUUCAGCACCUGAUGACAGUGUUGAUCAGUGAACAUGAGCGUCUGUAUGCCGGGAUUGAGGGAGAUGCAUUUUCUGAGCAAACCAGAAGUUGUCUUCAGGGUCAGCGUGGCAUGGCAGAGUGGAUCUCCAGUGAGGAAAUGCUGAACUGCUCAUCGCUGAGCCAGACGUCCAAAGUGGCAGAGAGUGUGUGUGGCAGUGCCACGUCUUUAGAUAUGAAUACAGGUGCCCCUACCACUGCCAAAAUGACACCUCAGGGAAAAGUUGGGGUGACAGUCAGCCCGAGCAAACAGGCUAAAUCCCUCCCCUCUUGGAAAUACUCCUUCAAGAGCGGAGGGGUACGCUCUCAACCUGCAAAAAUAGGGGGCUCGUCUCUGGAUGUGUCCACCUUGCCCAGUACAGGCAACUGGUUAAUGAACGGGCUUUCCUCUCUGCGCAGCCACCGGCGUACAUCAUCAGGAGAGCGCAUGGGCAAGGAUUCAGUCCUGUCACACCGUCUAUCUACUUACGACAACGUGACCUUAUCGAGUCUCAGCGUACCCAGCGUUGCAAGCACGCCCUGGUCCACGUCCUCCUGUGAGAUCUUAGUUGACGACUCUGUGGAUAGUGACCCCUCUGGAAAGGUGGAUUGGUCAGUAGGAGGGUCUGUCCAAGGGCAAAGUGGGGACAGGAAUUCGGAGGUCACUAAGAGCAGUGAAGCACUGGAAAUGUGUGUGAGCAGUGCAGGCUGCAGUGAGAAUGGAAGUGGAGAAGAUGCGGUGAACGUCACAGGAGAUACCGACAUUAGCAAGACAACACUUAACAGCCUGGUAACAGAGCUGAAAGAUGAGUUAAAGAAACAGAAGGUCAACUACGAAUCACAAAUACGAAGGCUAGAGGAAUCAUGUGUCACUAUGCGUAACCAAAUGGAGAGACUAGAGGAGGAGUUGGACCAGGAGAAGAAAAAGUAUCGCAUGUUGGAAAUUAAACUCUGCAACUCUGAGCGGGCCCGUGAGGACGCAGAGACCCGCAACCGCUUGCUUCAGAACGAGAUGGAGGAGUUCUUCUCCACUUUGGGAGAUCUUACGUUGGGAACAAGGACAAGCGAUAUUUGACUGGCCCUCUUACAGGCCUCCUGAUUUAACAAUGAGAGACUAUGUGUGUGUUGUAGAUAGAAUUUCGAAAAACCUCUCUGCUCAUGCAUCAUGAGUAUUCAGAGGUGAUUUUGUUACAGCGACUUGAUCAUGUGUAGCAGUUAUACUUUUCUCUCUGAUCUUCAGUCUUACAUUUCAAAGGGAUAGUUCACACAAAAAUACGAAUUCAGUGGUUAUUUACUCACCCUCAUAUCGUUCCAAACCAAUAUGCUGUUUUUCUGCAGAGAACAAAAGGAUAGUUUUUGAAAAAUCUUAAUAAGUAGUGCACAUUUUGUGUGAAGAACAUACCAAAAUGUAAAUCUUGUUCUUAAUGUCAAACUUGCCACUUUUUCUUUGUAAAUAAUAAUAAUAUUUAAAUUUUCAGGUGAACUAUUCCUUUGAGUUGCCAUUCAGUUUCCAUUAGCAUUCAUCACUUGCAUAACCUAACCUGCACAGAUAAUACCAAAGCAUGACAUUUCUGACCAGACUGUCUCACAAAGGCAGAUCAUUUUAAUGGCAUUUCCUGUUAAUGCAUGGUGUGAAAGAUGUCCUGCUGAACUGUCUCUUGAGGUUUUGGUAAAAUGAUCACACAAUCCUUUUUCAGUCAAAGUCUACAUAAUUUAAAUACAAGCUGCAUCUCGUCACACUGUGCCUCACACUUCCAGACUUGCCAUCAGACCUCACAGACACAAAUUCUUUUCAGCAAAUCCCUUUAUUGUAAGUAAAUUGCACUAGAAUAAAAUACCUUUUUUUUUUUUUUGGAUUAGGUGAGGUAACACCAUCCAAACUGUACAACUGUCUUAAUGUACAACUUGUCAUACACACUGUACAACUGUCCAAUUGUACAACUGUUAAAAUCUCAACUAUAUUGUAAUAUUAUUUCAGCUGCAAGAUUGCCAAGGCUAGUAUUUAUUUAAGCUUCCUCAGGUGGUGUUUUUCAAAACACUCAAUAAGUGAGUGUCUUUAUAUAAAAUAGAUGAUGGAACUAAGGCUGACAUAUACUUGAAUGUGUUAAAGUAUUUUUUUUUUUAAGUAUGCACAUGCUGUAUGUUUGUGUGGUCAUUUUUUCUGUUAAUUGAUUCCUGAAUGCAGAAAGUGCCAAAGCAGAGGUCUUCAAAAAAUGGGUGUUUGAUUUCAAAUGAAGACUGACUAGUCUUCAUAAUAAAUUGUUGUAAUGCAUCAAGGAAAGUCUGAAGGUAGAUAAUGAGUGAUAUAAAUACUGAAUCAUAUACUUACUGAUAACAGUGUCAAACAUUUUGAAAAUUAAAAAAAAAAAAAAUUCACCCAAAAAUCCAAAUGCUGUCAUUAAUUACACUUGUAUUUGAUCAUCAUCAAAACAUUUUUUUUUUUUUUUAAGGAAACCUGAGAUAUUUCUGUACUUCCAUUAAAAAAGUCCAUUCUACCAAAACUUCAAAGCUUCGAGAAGUAUACAUUUGAGCAAUUGACAAUUUUCAUUUUUGGGUGAACUAACCCUUCAAAGUCUUUGGUAAUAUAUGUAGAAAUCAGCAACCAUUUCCAAAGGUGUUCAUGGCCAAGAAAGAGAAACUAAAAAUAACUUCUUUGAGAAGGAACAAUGAUGGGUUAAAAAAACACACACACAAACAAGCAAACUCAUUUUCCAAUUGUUUAUUUUCAUUUUUCCAGUUGCUAUAAUGGUAACACAAUUGAAUUUCAGUGCAUUCUAAUGAGAUGGUAAUCUGCUAACCCUAAUAUAAAACAACUGCAUCAGCUUGUGCAGUCUAAUAAACCCAGCACCAUGAUCUUAUAGUUCUUGUACAGUGUUCUGGACUUAAAAUCAAAUGCUAAGCAGGACAUGCAAGAUACCGCCCAUCGUUGAGAUUGGGGAUGAGAAACUUUUCCACUUCUUUUUUAAUAUUCUCAUUUCUUUUUCUCGAAACAGCAAAACAUGGACAGAAACCUUCCAAACAUUUUCAUAUAGAUGUCGAGUCUGAAAUAACAUGGUUCAUUGUUCAGCUUUGAGUUACUGCACAUAAGCUGAAGAAAACAAAAAAACAGUCUAGAUUAGAAUAAACAAAGAUACUCGCUGAAUUGUAUACACAUACAUACAGUACUUUCUCAUAGAUUCAAACUAUACAGACAGUUGAACACUCCUAUUUUUUCCGAAUAAAUAAAUAAAAUGAAAUAAAGGUUACAAUAAUACUAUUAAAAUGUGAGCAGUAUGGUAUCAGUGUGAGGUAGUUCAGACUCGACCUUCAAACGGCUUUGUGUUUCAUGUCCAGAACAUAUCACAUGUUGAGAAGCUUUUGCUCUUUGCAGGUACAGCAGACUCAGGCUUCCCAGGCAAGUAUGUAGGGUUUAAUAUCAUUGCCACUGUUAAGAGCACUUAAAACAAAACAGCAAUAAUAUAAAGUAAUAGCAAAAUAUUGAGUUUUUUACCCUGUGCACAGGUAAAUAUAUCCAAUGGGCUGAACCCCAUGUCAACAACAUUCAGAUUCCCUCUUUAAACUCCUCAACUUUAGGCCGAUUUGCCAUUCUCUAUCACCUUCACAUUCAGAAGCAAAUGUAAAAGAAACCCACUUCCCUGAUUAUUUCUUAAACGUUUUAUCAAAUAAUGUGCGGCGCUCCACAGUAUUUAAUGACACAAGUUACAAAGCACCCAUUCAUUUACAGGACAUCACAUGCCAAUAAAGACCUUCCAAAAUGAUGAAAAAAAAAAAAA